AUGAAGCUCUUUCUUCCCUUCUUGGCUCUUGCAGCUAUCACACUGCGCUCUUCUGCCGAAGUCAUCGAUGAAAUCGAGGUGGAAGCCAAGUGCAGCGGUUCCAAUGCACGUGUCGAGCCUCCCAAAGGAGCCAUCGUCGUUGAUGCAAGCGGUGACUAUGACGGUAGCUAUGUGACCUUGUCAAAGGGAGUCGAGAGCUUGGACGUCACCUCUACGGACGUUCAGACCAUUUUCGUCAUGCCGGGAAUCUACGAGGAACAGGUACUUAUCCCGAGGUUAGCGGGUGCUUUGGUACUGCAGGGCUCGACGUGUGAUGCGAGGUCAUACGAAGACAACGAGGUCACUAUUACUCAUGCCAAAGCGCAGAAGGACCUCCCGCGUGAGUUGACUAAAGGCCGCAAUGAUCUCACUAGUACCAUGCGAUUCAAAGCCAGUAACGUGACCGUGUACAACCUCAACAUCGCCAAUACUGCUGGCAACGUUGGUCAAGCUGUGGCGGCCACGGUUGAUGGUACGGACUAUGGAUUCUACGGCUGUAACUUCACUGGAUACCAGGACACGUUGUACGCUAACAAAGGACGCCAACUGUACGCACAGUCGUACAUCAGUGGAGCUGUUGACUUCGUCUUUGGCUCCAAGGCAGUGGCCUGGUUCCAGAGCUGUGACAUCGAGACUAUUGGCAAAGGAUGCAUCACUGCGAACGGCCGUAACGGUGAAGACAACCCGUCCUACUAUGUGUUCGACGACGCUCGAGUGUACGGGUCUAAUCCCAAAGGCUCUUCCUGUCUCGGUCGUCCGUGGCGUCCGUUCGCUCGUGUUGUGUGGCAGAACAGCGAGCUGAGCGACGUCAUCAAUCCUCAGGGCUGGUCUGCGUGGGAUGCCACAUCCGACACGAACGACGUCCACUUCAGGGAGUUUAAUAACACCGGCACUGGUGCUGCGAUGGAUGAGAGAGUGGAGUUCAGUCUGGAGCUCAAGAAGGCGGUGGACAUCACGGAGAUUCUGGGUGAGGAUUAUGAGUCCGAGUGGUGGGUGGACCCUACCUAUCUGUAGAUUGAAAGAGAGCACAUUAUGAAUGCAAACGCGCGUUUUCAUGCUUACCACAACCCAAUUUUGUGUCGUCAUCUUUUAGCAGAGG